AUGCACCCUGCCAGCGCAAAUCUUGCUGUUCAGCCCUUCACUACUGACCAAGGCGCCGCUUUCCUAUUCCGACUUCUCAAUGCACAAACGAUAUCCGGACAAAGUGCAAGACGCGUACAGCACGGAACUCAUGCACGCAGGGUACAGCGAUGGACCUUGUCCAGUUCCGCAGCCACACUGCUAGGGGUUUUGUCGCUUCUCGCCCCUGACAACAUCCCCGAUGCUGACGCUCCGUGUUGCAGGGUGUCGGACAUAAUGGAGGAGCUCCUAUCCCUGGGCCUCAUUCAUCGUGAUGCAGCCACCAACAAUCUUUCCAUUCACCGCCUUGUCCAAUCUGAAUUCCGUUACUCCAGCAGGAACACCCUCCAGCAAACACUUCAAGACGCUUCCCAACUGCUCUUUCAUGCAUUUCCGAAACAAGUUUUUGGUCGAAGCUUCCGGCCCCAAUUUCCCAAAUGUAGGACAUUUAUCCAACAUGUUUAUUUUCUCCGCGAUCACACAGCAGCCGCUCUUAAUCACCAGAGGAGCCUCGGGGUAUCUCUCCGUCCCUCUAAGGACUUUUGCCGACUCAUGUGCAACGCCGCCUACUACCUUGUCGAAACUGGUGCAGCAAAGGAACUAGCUAGAAUGGUGGACGUUACAAGGACCGCAUUCCAUGCCACAGGUCUCAUCACCGAGGAGCCGCUUUCCUACGCGCAUUUUUGUAACUCCGCGGGAUUAGAGCGCGAGAUGAGCGGGGACUUUUCGUCCGCCAAGGAAUUGCUCGAACGAGCCAAAGACAUUCGGUUCCGUGAGUUGCCUUUAGGCAAUCUCAAUCUGUCGUCGGGCAAGUAUCCCGAGGCGCUCAAAUACCACCUCAUAUGCAAGGAAACUGUCAAUUAUGAGGUCAAAGCCAAUGUGAGGAUGAAUUGGAAUAAUCUGGGGAGGUGUUACACUGGACUAGGAUGCUAUUCCGAAGCAAUGGGUGCCUUCGAGAAGGCCAAGGGGCUGAUUCUCAACAAACAGCCUGGGUUCAGAAACCACUACUAUUGGAUCGGCAACAUGCAAAUGGCCCAAGGUAACCUGGAGGGAGCGAAAGCUGCAUACACCAAAGGCUGGGAAUGUCUGAAAGACACCGGGGAGAUAGUUUCAGCCGACAUGGCAGUAUGCAUGUACAAACUAGGAUUGAUCGCGCUGCGGAACCACUACGGAAGUAGAGAUAAGGAGUUACCUGGCCAAGCUAUAGAUUAUUUCCGCAAGGCUAUCAGCAUGAUGGAAUUCUGGAAGGUCGCCGACUGUGAAGUGGCCCGGGCAUCAUACAUGCUAUCCAUGGCACUUUCGCAUAAUGGAGGCAACUCAGAAGCGGCGAUGUGGUUGGAAAGGGCGGAAGGUGUGAGGAAGCAGAUGCAGGGACCGGAAUACGUUGCAGAAGGUCAUGGUGAAAUAGUUUAUGACUCUCUAGUUGAAUCUUGGGUGAGAUAG